GGCAGAGGGAAGCCUCCACAGCAACACCGGCUCCCGAACAGCCACGCUCACCCGUCCCAGGAAGCUGGAUCCAGGCCGACCCAGGGAACUGUAGCCGGGAAAGCCUGUUUGCUCUCCUGGGUUGGUUCUGAGCGACGGGACUGGACCCCGCCGUCCACUGGAGAACCCCUCCGGGACCAGAGAGAGACACAGAGAGACAGAGAGAACGCAGUGAGGGCCCGACCGACUCUCGCCCGCUUGCCUAUCGGUGGAAUCGGUCUCCAACCCCGACGACCCAACGGACACUUCUCCCCGCUGUACACCGGACCCGAUGGAGCUGGACCGCCUGAACCCCAGCAGUGGGCUGCACCCCAGCAGUGGGCUGCACCCCUAUCCUGGCCUGAGGGGGGGCGCGACCGCCAAGCCCAAUGUCAUCUUGCAGAUCGGGAAGUGCCGGGCAGAGAUGCUGGAACACGUGCGCAAGACCCACCGGCACCUGCUGACCGAGGUGUCCCGCCAAGUGGAGCGGGAGCUGAAGGGCCUGCACAAGUCCGUGGGCAAGCUGGAGAGUAACCUGGAUGGCUACGUGCCCUCCUCGGACUCCCAGCGCUGGAAGAAGUCCAUCAAGGCCUGCCUGUCUCGCUGCCAGGAGACGAUCGCCCACCUGGAGCGCUGGGUCAAACGGGAGAUGAACGUCUGGAGGGAGGUCUUCUACCGGCUGGAGCGCUGGGCGGACCGCCUGGAGGCCAUGGGGGGCAAGUACCCUGCGGGCGAACAGGCCCGGAGGACGGUGUCGGUGGGCGUGGGUGGCCCCGAGACCUGCUGCCCAGGGGAUGAGAGUUACGACUGUCCCAUCAGUCCCUACGCUGUCCCCCCCUCCACCGGAGAGUCCCCAGAGAGCCUGGACCAGGGCGACCAGCACUACCAGCAAUGGUUCGCCCUACCCGAGGAGUCGCCGGUCAGUCCAGGGGUGGACACUCAGAUCUUCGAGGAUCCCCGCGAAUUCCUGCGUCACCUGGAGAAGUACCUGAAGCAGGUGGGCGGCACGGAGGAGGACUGGCUGUCCCAGAUCCAGAACCACAUGAAUGGGCCGGCCAAGAAAUGGUGGGAGUACAAGCAGGGCUCCGUGAAGAACUGGCUGGAGUUCAAGAAGGAGUUCCUGCAGUACAGCGAGGGCACGUUGACCCGAGACGCCCUCAAGCGCGAGUUGGACCUGCCCCAGAAGCAGGGCGAGCCCCUGGACCAGUUCCUCUGGCGAAAGCGGGACCUGUACCAGACCCUGUACGUAGACGCCGACGAGGAAGAGAUCAUCCAGUACGUAGUCGGGACGCUGCAGCCCAAGCUCAAGCGCUUCCUCCACCACCCUCUGCCCAAGACGUUGGAGCAGCUGAUCCAGAGGGGCCAGGAAGUCCAGAAUGGGCUGGAGCCAACCGACGACCCGGCCGGACAGAGGACCCAGUCUGAAGACAACGACGAGUCGCUGACCCCGGCCGUCACCAACGAGUCAACUGCCAGCGAAGGGACCCUGCCCGAGUAGAGGCCGCUCCUUUGCGCCACCCCCCGUGCCGCCCCUGUGCCCACCGCGGCCUGGCCUUUCCGGCGGGGUCUCCGUGGGGACGUCUCUCUCCUGCCUGGAGAGAGUAGGGACCCAUGGGGGGAGAGGGGAGGAGCCGUGGCCUGUGUGUCUCCACCCUCUCCCUCCUCUCUGGCCACGGGGAAUUGGACUCCACUUCCGGAUGGACAGAUGGAGAAUGAUAACCUCAGGGGCUCGCCCUGACUCUCCCAACUGCAGGCACAGCAUUCAAGACCCCUUUUGCUGAGUCUGCCGCCCUGUCUCCAGUCCCAUCAGCGUCUUCCCUGCAGCCUCCCAGCCGCUUCUCGGGGUCACCCCGACCCAAGGCACAAUUGGCCACUCCUGACCCCCUUACCAUUCCCACUACGCCACCCUUCUCCUCCUGCUCCUCCUCCUCCUCUGCACUGAAGAAGCCAGAAGAGCCCGACGUGCAUGGCUCCCCGGACAAUAUGAGCCCAGACGUGACCUGGUCUUGACCCUUCGGCCAUGCACUCCAGAAGACAUCCUGUCCAAACCCCACUCAGAAGGGAAUUUAGGGGAAGCCUGGCCCCAAGCCUCUCCUGACAGCCCCCUCUGGGAUGCAGCCACAGUGUGCUGGUCUCCCCAAGACACUCCCUGCCCAGUGAUCACAGCAGCAGAGGCAACAGAUGGUGCCCAGUGGUGGCUUCAGCGUCUCCCAAGAGCUAGAAGGGUGCGGUGACUCAGCCAGUGCCGGUAGUCUAGAGCCGAUGAUUCAGGUGGAGCAGAGCUCGGAGAGUGGGAGCCCAGAUCCAGGAUGCCGCCCGGAAUCUGCGAUGGGCGUCCUGGGGCAGCCACCACGUGGCCUGGCCAGUGAGAGCGUCCAGGUACUCACAUCCCACCAACCUUGUGCUGCUGUAUGAGAGAGAAAAUGCCACGGGAAGGCAGAGUCUGAGUCAGCAGAGCUCCAUGCCCCAGAGAGGAGGAGGAGGAGGAGAAAGAGAGCUGGGCAGCUGCUUCCCCAGACACGUGAAGCUGAAGCCAGGCAGAGGAGACCAGCGAAGAACAGAACAGUCAAGACCCGGCAGGGAUGGGGAGACACAAGCUGCCCUAAAUCCCCUCCCCCUGGCGGAGAGGGUCCCUGGAGAAGAUCGGCAAGAUGCUUUUUGAUCACAGCCAGUUCCUGAGGGAGUCUGCUGUCCAAAGACUCCCUGCUCUUUCGCAGAGUGCAAGGGGGGCUGGGUUGGGGAGGGAGAGUGCCCUGUCUUCCCCACGUUGCCACCUGCUGCUCUCGAGUUCCUCACCGGGCUGCGUAGGCCUGGGGAGCAUAGGGCACAACUGAGUCCGGGGUCCCUACAUCCUGACUGCCCCAACCUUGACAGUGGCCGGAUGCCUGCCCCAAACCAAUUAGUCUGAGUUCUCUCCACCCACCCACCCUUCCGCUCUGCCCGUCACUUGCGACGGUAGGUCGGUGAACUACACAAUGGCCCAUCCCCCCGCUACGGGACCGAUUCGGCAAGUGGCAGGUCCUUGUCCUUUCCCAGACUGUAGACCUUCUACCCUCCUGCUGCACCAUGUAGCUGGAAUGCCCACCCCGAGCCUGCUGAAGCUGCUUUGAUACAUACACCUUUAUUUUUUCAUAACUAGAACUGAUCCAUCAGCCCGGUUGGGCUACCAGCCUGGGCCCGGGGCUCAAUUGGCCCCAGGCUCGCUGGGCCCUGGGUUCGCUUGGCCUUGCUUCAUGCCAAAGCUGUUUGCUCACUGCUGCCAGGUGACCUUUAAGUCCCAAGGGCCACAGAGCGGACGUGUCGGAGUCGGGGUCACGGGCACUGUCGAGCUGCUGAAUCCCGUCCGGGGCCAGGGGUCAGGUGCUGGUCACAAUCCAUCGCAGCAGGGAAAUUGUCUUUUGUAAGAUUUCUUUAAUAAAGCCUUGAGAGGAUCUCUAU